GUGUGAAAGAGAAAGAAAAAGAGAAAGAGAGCGAGAGUAAACAGAAAAGAAGCAAAGGUUCUUUCUGUGGGUAAGACUUAAAUUGGUGGUUACAAAGGAAACAGAGAGAGAGGGAGAGUUUGUAGAGAGAGAAAGCUGAAUGCUUUUAGAAGCCAUGGCGGCGUGGCAGAGCUGUAAUUCUGCGUCUUUAAUGCAAACGACACAGCAACAGAAUUGAAGGAAGGGAGGCUGUGAUUAAUCUGUCUGUCCCCAAAAGUCACCUCUUAGAACAAGAGAAAAAAAGCUGCAAUAAACCCUUUUCCCCAAAACAAUUAAAUUUGGAAAAUUCAAAUCACAUGCAAACAUUCAUUUAUUAUUUUAGUCACAAAUGACAUAAUUCAUUCAAAAACCCGCCCAGAAUUUUGUUUUGUCUGACUUAUAUACAUACAUGUAUACCCACAAUUCAAGAAACCAAAACAGUACCCAGAGAAAUUAAGGCGUGCCCUUAUUAUUCUUGGGUCAUUUUCAAGGCUGUUUCGCGUUUCUGUUAUGGAUUGUCAGUCCCAAUUGAAGUCUAGAAAAGGAUUAGAGGUAGUGUCAAAAUGGCUGGCUUUUUCUCACUAGGAGGUGGUGGUGGUGGUGGAAGAGGCGGAACCAAUAGCAGCAAUCAAGAACAAGAAAGCAGUAGCCACCACAACAAUCCACCCUCAGAAAUCAACCCAGAAAGCUGGUUUUUGUUCAGAAAUGAAGAUAUACCAUAUAAAAGCUUCGAACUUUGGCAGAACCACCCAAAUCAGCAAGAAAAUCAACAUUUCCUUCAGCGGCAGAAUCAGAAUCCGCUUCAAGAUCUCUAUGCAUCAGCAGGAGGAUUAGCAGUUGGGCCGAGUCGAACCGGCUUUGAAAUCUCGAAUGAUCCUCCGAGGUCGGGAUUUCUUAUGAUGAGGAGCAGCGGCGGAGCUGGUGGUAGUGGUGGUGGAAUUAGCUGCCAGGAUUGUGGGAAUCAAGCGAAGAAAGAUUGUUCUUACAUGAGAUGUAGAACUUGCUGCAAGAGCCGAGGGUUUCAGUGCCAAACUCAUGUGAAGAGCACUUGGGUUCCUGCUGCCAAAAGAAGAGAGAGACAACAACAGCUUGCUGCCUUGCAAGAACAACAAGAAGAACACAAUCAGCAACAGCCACACAGAGACACUGCAAAAAGGCAAAGAGAAAAUCCAAAUGCUUCUUCCUCUCUCGUUUGCACUAGAAUACUCGCUGACACGUCAGGUUUAGAACUUGGGAAUUUCCCAUCGGAAGUAAAUUCGGAGGCGGCUUUUCGCUGCGUUAGAGUAAGUGCCAUUGAUGAUGCUGAAGAUCAGUACGCAUAUCAGACUGCUGUUAACAUUGGUGGGCAUGUAUUUAAGGGAAUUCUAUACGAUCAAGGCCUUGAAAACCAGUACAUCGCCGGAGAGACCUCAUCUGGUGGUGGAAGUGUCAGUGCAGGAGUUCAACAACUUAAUUUAAUAACUGGAACUGCCAAUUCUGCCGCCGCCACCUCCGCCGCCGGUGGUGGCUCUUCAUCUUUUCUUGACCCUUCUUUAUACCCAGCUCCGCUCAACACAUUCAUGGCUGGUACGCAAUUCUUCCCACCUCCAAGAUCCUGAACAACAACCUUAACUUUGUGUCCCUAAAACAUCAUUUUACCGCGAUUUGAGGUAGAAAUUAUGGGGGAAAAAAAUAGUGCGCAAAUAUAAAACGAAAGGGGAGGAAAUUAACGAUUGAGGGGAUCAUCUGUUUAUGCAUUAUUUGUACUUGAAAUUUCGAUGCACACAACAUUGAACUAGUCUACUUCCCUUUGAAAUACAUAAAGUUUGAUUCUGCUAUAAAAAUGGGCGUGCUGUUUUUAUU